GGCACAGUGCGGAGAAGAAGGGGAAGGGUUGCAAGAGGCUACGGUUGGAGAUGUUCUUUGUUCGAGUGUCGGAGGCAGACGAGAGGAAGAAGCCGGGAGAGGGGGUUUCUUGUUGUGGUUUUCAUAGAAGAGCUGCUGUUGUAGAGGAUCUUGAAGUCGUAGUUGGAGCUCUUCUUCUUCUCAUCACUCGAUCAACUACCGGUGGUAAGCAGAUAAGGCUGCUCGCUGAAGUUGCUGGCUGCAUUGGGUACAGUGCGGAGAAGGGCAAGGAGAAGAAGGGGAACGGGGUUUCUUGUUUUGGUUUUCAUAGAAGAGCUGCUGUUGUAGAGGAUCUUGAAGUCGUAGUUGGAGCUCCUCUUCUUCUUCUCAUUCUCAUCACUCGAUCAACUACCAGUGGGAAACAGAUAAGGCUGCUCGCUGAAGAGAUCCGGACUCCCAUUUGUUAAGGCUGGGGACUGUCAGUCUGUUAUCAUUAACUACGCAUUUUGCAACUAUUCUUCAUCUCUUUUGUUACAAAAAGCCAACCUUAGGCAUAAUUAUUCAUAGUUAUAUCAAGGGAAGACGGCUUGCAACACAAAUUUUCUUCCUAGUACGCCAUGUCUGAUAUAAAUUUAAGGCUUCUAGUUGAUAAAGAGCAAAAACGGGUUGUGUUUGCUGAAGCUGGAAGUGAUUUCAUUAAUGUCCUUUUUAGCUUCCUUACUCUUCCCCUAGGAAGCAUCGUCCGACUUUUGGAGAAGCAAACAGAUUUGGGAUCUCUCGAUAACCUUUAUGAGAGCGUUGAGCAGCUUGACGUCAAAUACCUGCAAUCCGAGGCAUGCAAGGAAAUGCUUCUCAAACCUCGAAGUGCGGCUGCAGAAAUAUGUGAUGACUUGAAAAUUAAAAAUAUUCAUGAUGUCAAUCCAAGACAUUUCUAUAUUUGCAAUGAAAGUGAUUGCUUAAUUCAAUCCUCGUGUUACUAUACCUAUGUAACUAAGGCUCGAUGCAGCCGUUGUGGCAAACUGAUGGGUAAGGAUUGGAGUUGGUCAAAAGGUACAGUUGAAAAAAGAGGAGUCUUUGUUAAUGAUGAAGCUGAUUUUAUUAUAACUGAUAAUUUACGGGUGAUGCCAAUUUCUUUGAUGAGUGGUUUCUCUCUGAUGGAGGAGCUACGAAUUAAAAAUACAGACAUGUUAGAGGAAAGAGUUAUAAAUGUUGGCAAUGAUGAGGCUUUGAACUUGCUGAGGAUAUCAUUGGUAUCCAAGCGUACUUUGACAAAGCUUUUCUUCCCUGAUGAGUGUAUAGAACAAAGCGUGAAGUGCUUUUCAGUGAUUAAAGAGGAGAUUAAAAAGGAGAAUAAAGAGAAGAUUGAUGAUGGUGAAGAACAACAACAAAUGAAUGUGAAGAUUAUAUUUAACAAGAAAAACAACAAUGUUUUAUAUGCGGAAGUUGAGGGAGAUUUUGUCAAUCAGCUUUUGAGUUUUCUCACAUUUCCUCUAGGUUCCGUGUUCAUGCUUCUAGGCGAUCAAAUAUCUUUAGGUUGCAUUAACAAUUUGUAUUCCACAGUUAAAAGAUUAAAAUUAGAUUAUUUUGAGUCAGAAAAAUGCAAGAAUAUGUUGAUACUUCCAGAAAUUGCUUCCUACUAUGGAUGUAGUGACCAAAUGCUACAAUUGGAUGAGAUUUCAUCAACUGAAGGGACCAUUUCGUCUAGUUGCGUAAAAUGCCAUUUAGAUAAUCGAUCAAAAUCUCGUCUAACUCCUCCAUGCAAGCAUGGAUUAAGUGAGGCAAAAAUUAUAGAGCAAAAUCCAAAGUUAAAAAAUGGAGGGAGUGAUUGUGGUGGAGGUUUUGUGAAAGAUGAAAGAAGGUUUAUGGUUGCUGACAACCUUCAAAUUUCUCCGAUUUCCUCAAUUUCUGCCAUAAUUAAAGGAGUAGACUUUCUAAUUUCCGACCUUGUUGAGAAAGAAGUUAGCGUUGAUAAAGUCAAGGUUUUAUCGCUGUUGGGUGCCACACUGAGCUCCAAGACUGUGUUAACUGAUAUUUUCUCUGCUAAACCAAUGAAUCGGAAAAGUUACUAAAUGUCUAUAACAUAAUGCUCAAGUUGUGGUGCAAAUUAGAUAGCAUUAUAACUGGUGACUGAACUAUCUAAACUUUUUUGUCGGAUUCGAACCGUUUCAUUUUUUGUUUGGUUAGCACUACUAUCCAACAAAAACAAGCUCACCAGUUUUAUCUCAAAAAGUUCUUUUAUUUCUCGACAAAUUCUACUCCGCAUACUUUGGAAGCUAUUAUGGUUCCUAGUUAAUUUGUGUUGCUACCGUCGAUAUGUUUAUGAAAAAUGAUGCAUUCUUCAUACAUUUUUGUACCACCAGUCAUUUGAACCGGUGCAAUUCU